AUGACUGCGCUAUCCGUCAACGCUGGAGCCACAUACGGUACUGCCGAGCUGCCUAAGCCCAAGAACUUCGACGCGAGUCCGCGACGCCGCUUGUCACAAUGGUACAUCAACAUGUUCAUGAUUAACUUCGUCGAGUUCGCAGCCGAAUCCUCGCGCGGCGUCGUGUUGGCGACGCUCUUCCUCUACACCAAGUCACUGGGAGGCGAUCUGGCCUUCAUGGGCAUGCUCACGUCGCUCUUCUCGGUGGGUCGCCUUAUCUCGUCCACAGUGUUCGGCUGGAUGUGUGACCACUACUCGUUCCGGUCAGUGUACCUCGUAUCGUCAGGUAUCUGCUUGAUGGGGAACGUCAUCUACCUCAUCGCAGACCAGCACGUGUCUGGCAGCUUGACAGCGUUGGCUGCGAGUCGGUUUAUCGUGGGCUUCGGAGCUGGCAAUCGCAGUGUGUGUCGUGCUGAUGUGGCGUCGAUCACGACCAUCAACCAGCGUCUGCCGUACUUGACAUUACUGGCCACGGUUGUGUUCCUCGGCUAUGCUUUGACGCCAGGUCUUGGCAGUUUAGUGGCCAACACGGACUCGUAUCUGCUUGGCGUCCACUUCAACAAGUUCACGUCGCCCGGUAUGAUCCUGAUCAUAUUCAACCUGCUGACCAUCGUCGGAAUGUUCACAGUGUACGACGAGUCUGUCGGUGUUCACGAUGGACCGCUCGAGUCUCCACGAACGGCAGCGACGAGCAACACGCUGAGCGACCCGACGGCGAUGCCUGAACGCAUUGUGAACAUCGGUGCGGCCGUCUUCAUCUUCCUGAACUUCAACGCGCGUGGCAUCUUGUCCGUGUUUGAGACGGUGAACAUCCCGCUGUUCAUUGACGCAACGGGGAGGGACCCUGACAGCGUGAGCGCCGUGGUGGCUGCAUCCAACUUCCAGUUCUACCUUGGACUACUGGGACUACUGUCGUAUUUUUCAAUUGAGUACUUCCGCCACAGCCUCAGAGAUGUGAGCUGGGUGCAGCUCGGCUUUGUCACCUUGCUAGCAGGCAACGUGCUGCUCGUUGUGGCGCCGACACAGCUCUCUUUUCCGCAGCUUGCGGUUGCCGAGUUCCUAGUAUGGAGCGUGGGCUGCCCGAUCACGACCGCCGUGGUGUUGGCGGCGUUCUCAAAGCUGCUAGGCGGUCGACCUCAGGGCACCCUCAUGGGCCUACUAGGUUCCGCUGCCUCGAUCUCUCGUAUUGUGCUUCCGCUGCUCCCGGCCGCCAUUCCAACACUGACCCCGGUGUUCUGGAUUAACAUUGUGCUCUGCGCGAGCAGCAUGGCGUUGCUGUGGUGGUACAGCAACGUGGUGCACAAGACGAAGAUGGCUAUGCUUGCUGACGUCGAGAGCGCGUUCCGGAUCGCUUCACCUCCGAAUGACCCUCGCUCGCCGCUGGGCUCAGACAAGGCCGAUUUCCCGGAGAAAUAA